AUGACGACCACAGUCGAGCUUGCCGCCGUCCCCUCGGUCGACACUCCAGGCACAUGUAUAUACAUGCAUCACGACAAGCGCUCGUAUGUGUUUGGUCGCGUCACAGAGGGAACGCAGCGAGCAUUUGGAAGCCGCAAAAUACACAUGGGAGGGACAGAGCACGUCUUCCUCAGCGGUAGCGUGAACUGGGAGCAGUUGGGUGGCCUCUGUGGCUAUCUGCUGAGUGUUGGCGGAGCUAUUGAGUCAGCCAAAGAGUUCACGACGCUGGAGAAUGUCAAGAGAGAGCAAAAGGGCCAGAAGCUUCUUAACAAGACUCUUCAUGCCGGGAUUGCGGUGCACGGCGCGGACAACCUGUGCCACACGCUGGCAGCAUGCCGGCCCGUCAUCUUUCGACAACCCAUUUGCGUGCGGACCCACGAGCACAGGACAGACCCGCGAGCUGCAGACGCGGCGAACAUCGAGCCAGAUUGGUCAGAUGAUGCCAUCAAGGUCUGGAAGAUCCCGGUACGGCGAGAACGAUCGAGUAGCCCCCGUAAGAGGCGGCACAGCGAUGCGUCUCCAGAGGAUACCAUAUUUCAACAGCGACCAUCUGUUUCGGACCCGGAAGUUGCGAGUGCGAUAGUCGAGAGGAUCAUGUUCAAUGGCAGCUUGAAGAACAGAUCCGUGUUGAUACCCAAGAAGAUCCGAGAUCUCAAAUCCACAGAUAAAGCUGCUGUAGUGGAAAAUGGCACAAUCAGGAUGUACAAGGGGCCUUACAUGGCUGACAGCGUAGAGGUUCCAAAUCCGGAUGAUAUCGUGUGGCAUUUCCCAGAUAUUGGGGAGACUGGGGUGGAUGACCGGAGCAAUAAUAACGUUCUUGCAAUCAACCACUUCCCCCUUCCCAGGACCACAUACGGCGAGACAUCUAUGAGCUACGUCAUCAAGACUCAUGACCGCAGAGGGAAGUUCAAUGCUCCUGUGGCGAAAUCUUUAGGAGUCGAGCCUCGGGACUUUAAACUCCUUACUGCAGGCCAGAGUGUCCGGGGAAAGGAUGGCCUGGUGAUACCCGAAAUGGUUCUCGGAGAGACCCAACGGGGGAGAGGUAUCAUUGUGGCGGAUAUUAGCAGCCAGGACUUCGUCGAGGCCUUCAUGGAGCGACCUGAGUGGAAGAGCAAAGAGAUAAUGGAAAACGUCGCCGUCAUGUACUGGAUCCUGGGGCCAAACAUGACCAGCGACGCACGAAUCCAGCAAUUCAUCCAGCAGCAUGCCAGCAUUAAGCACAUUUUUUGCGCAGACGAGGCAUGCCCAAACAUGAUUACACACCCCGGUGCCGCUACUAUCCAGACCAAGUUGCGCCGAAUCGAUCCCGAAAGAUUCCCUCUCCUCAAAUUCGAGAACACUGUCCAAUACCCGGCCCCUUCAGAAGGCUCUCCGAUUGAGUUGGGCCGUGCUGGACAAAAAUUCCAGCUCAUGCCGCGUCUUGUAUUCGACGACCAAGCCAUUGCUCCUUUUCCCGAUUUGGUCGAGGCCUACGACUCCGUAGACGACGAGGUCCUCGAGAUGGCCGAAGAGGCUCGCGCCGAAGCCACAGACCCCAAAUUUCUAGAACGGGUUGAAAAGGAAGAGUUUGAUAUCCCGAACCGUGACGCAGAGAUUGUCCCCCUCGGCACGGGUUCAUCUGUUCCCAGCAAAUACAGGAAUGUUUCUGCCACGCUGAUCCGAGUUCCUGGAAUCGGAAACUAUCUCCUCGACUGUGGUGAGGGAACACUGGGCCAGAUUCGACGUCUUUUUGGCGCUGAAGAAGCCGCAGAUGUUCUGCGUAACCUGCGGUGCAUCGUUAUCAGCCACGUCCAUGCCGACCAUCACAUGGGCACCCCUUCACUCAUCAAGGCCUGGUAUGAACAGACCUUGAGAGACAACAGCAACGCUACACUCGCAAUAUCCUGCAUUGGGCGCUACCGAAUCCUGCUGGAGGAGCUGUCCCAAAUCGAGGAUAUCGGCUACCAUCGACUGCGCUUCCCCAGCUGCCCCUGGCCAAAGGAGAAAGACCGAGACCUGACGACCCGCGAGGACCUCGGCGAAGAGAACUUUGGCCUUGCUUCCAUCAAGCGAGUUCCCGUUCCCCACUGCUGGCGCUCGUUUGGCACGCAGCUGGAGCUCACCUCGGGUCUCAAAAUCGCCUACUCUGGUGACUGCCGGCCGUCGAAGCUGUUUGCACAGGAAUGCCAUGGCGCGCACCUCCUGGUCCACGAAUGCACCUUUGGCGACGACAAGCAGGACCACGCAAAGGCCAAGAAGCACAGCACCAUGGGCGAGGCGCUCUGGGUGGCACGCGAGAUGGGCGCGCGGCGGACUCUGCUGACGCACUUUUCGCAGCGAUAUUCCAAGUCGGACUCGCUGAGGAGGGAGCGCGUCGAGGGCGUCGAGCACGAUGUGCUGUUGGCGUUUGAUUUUAUGGCUGUGAAGCUGGGGGAUUUCCAGAAGGCGGCAUGCUAUUUGCCGUCGGUGGAGAGGUUUAUGGAGAAGCUGGCGGAUUGA